AUGGUGGUCCCUCACAGCCCCGAGUCCGACCUUGACCUGGAGAGCCAGGGCCUGCUCAAGUCCGUGCAGCUAGACCGCAUAGACAGCAGCGCGGAGCGCUACACCGGCGCAAGGAUUCAGGUCAGGAAUCUCAACCUUGUGGCAGAGUCUGGGCAGAAGAUUCUAGACGGGGUGAGCUUUGAGGUGCAGAAGGGGCAAAUUCUCGGGUUGAUCGGGCCCAGUGGGAGCGGGAAGUCGACGGUGCUGAGGGCUUUAAAUAGGCUCUGGGAGCCUGAGAAGGGGGCGGUGCAACUAGACGGGGUGGACAUCACCACCCUGGACGUUGUCAAGCUGAGGCGCCGGGUGGGCAUGCUCUUUCAGACCGCAGCGCUCUUCGACGGAACUGUCGCAGACAACGUGCGCUACGGCCCUUCACUCCAGGGGAAGAAGCUCUCCCCCGACGAAGUUGACGCCCUUCUCCAGAAAGCCAGCCUCGAGCCAGGGAUUGCCUCAAAGCAGGCGCUUGAGCUCUCAGGCGGCCAGGCACAACGCGUCUCCCUUGCUCGCACUCUUGCCAAUUCCCCAGACUGCCUUCUCUUGGACGAACCGACGUCCGCUCUCGACCCCGCUGCGACGCGCAAGGUGGAGGAGACGGUGCUCAAAUUGCGUAUUGAGUUGGGGAUAACGGUGGUACUCGUCUCGCACAGCGUGGAGCAGAUCAGGAGAAUUGCGGACGAUGUAUGUCUGCUGGUGAAGGGAAAGAUCGUGGAGCGGGGCACGCCUGCGGAGCUGCUCAACCCGCAGCACCCGCUUUCGCAGCAGUUUCUGGCGGGGACGCUCGAGUCAGGGGACGAGUAG